AUGCGUCCACUCAGGAACUCCUUCCCCCUCCUCGCCUUCGCGAGCUUCGGCUUCGUGCUUGUUGCAUUCACCACUUUCUACCUAUCGCGCGAGGACCGAUGGCGAGGAAUCCCACAGAAAUUGGGCCUGGGCGACUAUGUAAAGCCACCGCCAACAAAACCAUACUAUGGCGAGGACGGAUCCGCGCCGCCGUUCAAUAUCAGUGAAUUCGUCCCCGGAAUACCGAAAAAGGGCGAUGCUGAUGCGACGCAAUACUCCAAGACCCUGGUCAUCGCCAAAGUCAAGAGCGAUGAUACCCGUUGGAUUGAGGAAAAUGUGGUCGGGUGGGAUACCGCUAUUUAUGUGGUGGACGACCCGACGGCUCCCUUACACCCGCCCAUGAAUAAAGGGCAUGAGGCGAUGGUUUAUUUCUCGUAUAUCAUCGACCAUUACGAUAACCUACCGGAGAUCAUGGCGUUUAUGCACGCCCAUCGUACCGGGUGGCAUAACGAGGAGAUCCUCGAGUUUGACGCCGCCGAGAUGCUGCGUCGUCUGAGCCUGGAGCGAGUCGUGCGCCAGGGUUACAUGAACAUGCGAUGUAUGUGGUCGCCCGGCUGCCCGAGCUGGCUGCACCCCGGCCGGCUACACGAAGACCAGAAUAAAAAGGAAGAGUUCCUGUUCGCUUCCUCGUGGAGUGAGAUCUUCCCGGAUAUGCAGAUCCCGCAGACUUUGUCGCAGCCAUGCUGCGGACAAUUCGCGCUGACGCGGGAGCGCGUGCUCAGUAUUCCGCGCGAGAGAUAUGUUUAUUAUCGUGACUGGCUGAUUCGCACUGAUAUUCGCGAUACCAUGUCCGGACGCAUCUGGGAGUACCUGUGGCACUUUGUGUUCACGGCUGAGUACGAGCAUUGCCCGUCGCCUAAUACCUGUCUGUGUGACGGGUUCGGCAUCUGCUUUGACACCGAUGUCAAGAUUGACGCGUACUACCAGACCAUGUGGCGCCUUAGGGACGCCAAAGCCGAGCUGAAGAAAUUCGUUGAAGCGGACGGCGCGCUGGACGAGGAUGCGCGCAUUAGUCUGAGCUUGGAUGAAUUGCAGGACGCGGAUUUGCCUGAUGGUGAUAACAAGGGUAUUUUGCUGACAGCAGAAAUCGAGGAGAAGACCGCCGAGCUGGCAAGGCUCAAAAAGGAAGCCCUGGAGCGAGGCAACGAUCCGUAUUUCCGAGCAAAGUCGGCGGGGCGAUUCUAUAAUGAGGGCGAUGGGUUCUAA